GUGAAACACACGGGAAACUACGGAGCUCACGAGGUAGCAUUAGCUCCUCUUAGAAGGUAGUUUGAAAACAGGUUUGGUGUUUUCGGUAAAUAUUUCCGUGUUUUCAGUGAAAAUGUCUUCAGUUCCGCCUCAGAGAGAGUUUAUCAACGAGCAGGUAACUCCUGCUGGAGAAACAUUCACAGAGUGGAAAGAAAUCAACGUUAAGAUGGAGGAAGAGAUGGAGGAUCAGCGCAGACUGAUGGAUUUUACCCGGAUACCGAGGAUCAUCUUACACCGGAUAGAUCUCCCACAAUGUUGUGUGUGUAAAGAGGAGGAGGUUCUCAAUGAAACAGAACCACAGAGGAACCAACUCAUCUCUCAUGGCUCUGCAGAAACUGAGAACCAGAAUCAGGAAGGAAUCAAUUCUGAAGACCCAGGAAAAGAGAGAAAGGAAGAACAAAAACAAAAGGAGAAAUAUGAGAAAACCAAAGAGCAGAAAGGCAGAACUGACACUUCAAAACAAGAAAAGCACAAAAAAGCUCACGCAGGGCAAAAAUUAUAUUCUUGUAAAAUUUGUGAUAAAACCUUUUCUCGAAACGAUAUCUUGCUGAGGCACAGAAGAAUUCACAGAUAUGAGCGGCCUUUUUCUUGUGGGACUUGUGGAAAGAGUUACAGUAAAAGAGGGACUUUAACUUAUCACAUGAUAAUUCACACAGGUGAGAAGCCUUUCUCUUGUGGGUCCUGUGGAAGAGGUUUCUCCCUAAAAACUCAUUUAAAUGCACAUAUGAAAGUUCACACAGGUGAGAAGCCCUUCUCAUGUGGGACCUGUGGAAAGAGUUACAGUGAAAGAGGGCCUUUAACUAAUCACAUGAGAAUUCACACAGGUGAGAAGCCUUUCGCUUGUGGGAUCUGUGGAAAGAGUUACAGUAAAAGAGGGACUUUAACUCGGCACAUUAGAAUUCACACAUGUGAGAAGCCUUUCGCUUGUGGGAUCUGUGGAAAGAGUUACAGUGAAAGAGGGACUUUAACUCAUCACAUGAGAAUUCACACAGGUGAGAAGCCUUUCGCUUGUGGGAUCUGUGGAAAGAGUUACAGUGAAAAACAUACUUUAACUCAUCACAUGAGAAUUCACACAGGUGAGAAGCCUUUCGCUUGUGGAUCCUGUGGAAAGAGUUUCUCUCGAAAGGACGCUCUAAAUGUCCACAUGAUAACUCACACAGGUGAGAAGCCUUUCUCUUGUGGGUCUUGUGGAAGAAGUUUCUCUCGCAAAGAUUAUUUAAAUGUUCAUAUGAAAAUUCACACUGGUGAGAGGCCUUUCUCUUGUGGGUCUUGUGGAAGAGGUUUCUCCCUAAAAACUCAUUUAAAUGCUCAUAUGAAAGUUCACACAGGUGAGAAGCCCUUCUCAUGUGGGAUCUGUGGAAAGAGUUACAGUGAAAAAGGGACUUUAACUCGGCACAUGAGAAUUCACACAGGUGAGAAGCCUUUCUCUUGUGGGUCGUGUGGAAAGAGUUACAGUGAAAAACGUACUUUAACUCAUCACAUGAGAAUUCACACAGGUGAGAAGCCUUUCGCUUGUGGGAUCUGUGGAAAGAGUUACAGUGAAAAACAUACUUUAACUCAUCACAUGAGAAUUCACACAGGUGAGAAGCCUUUCGCUUGUGGGAUCUGUGGAAAACGUUGCGCUCAAAAAGGUUAUUUAAAUGUUCACAUGAGAAUUCACACGGGUGAGAAGCCUUUCUCUUGUGGGUCGUGUGGAAAACGUUUCUCUCAAAAAGGUAAUUUAAAUGUUCACAUGAGAAUUCACACAGGUGAAUUCUCAUGUGGGACUUGUGGAAAAAGUUACAGUAACACAAGUAAUUUAUCUCGUCACAUGAAGACUCACUCUGAUGAGAAGCCAUAGGUCCAAAACAGAUCCGAUCCAAUUCGCAUCUAAUCUCAUGGAAAAUCUGGUCAGAUGAUGUAAACAGCAAGUUGAACAUAUUAAAGUCAACAGAUUCUUGCAGGCUGCUAGUGAUUCACUGUGAUUGUGUCUUUCACUGUCUGACCAAGAUAAACCUGAGGUCUACUUUUGCCUAGCAGCUUGUUUUCCUUAAUCCAGUUUUUUGUUUUAAUUCUCAGUCGUAUUUGUACUUAAGAUCCCCAUCAGUAUCCCAUUAGAUACUGAAGUUAAAGAGGGGAACACAUUCAGACAGGAUUAAUUUCUGUGCAUUUCAGUUUUCAUGGAGUUCUGGACCAUGUAGAAUAAUUGAGUUUAGCUUUUAUUUGAAGUUUCUGUGUAUGACUGGAUGUAAAAUACUUUAGAAAUGAAAGCAGUGAAAUGUUCUUGUUUUUCCAUAAAUAAAACUCUGAUGUUUGUUUGAAAAAAAUCUCUAAAAUAAUUUUGAUCUGGUCAGAUUUUGAUUUAGAGCUAACCACAGAGAGGUUUUUAUGUUCCCAAAUUUUUGUCAUUGUUACACUUUGCUAUGAGAAGCAAAUUAUAUUAUUAAAAAGGUUUGUUAAAAUAUACACCAGUAUUUUGAGCAGAAUAUGCUUUUUAAUAACUGUUGAUUUGAAUAAAUAUUGAUGGAUUAUUCA